AUGGUAGUCGCUCAGAAGCUCAAGGAAGCUGAGAUCACCGAACAGGAUUCGCUCCUUCUGACUAGAAAUUUGCUCCGAAUUGCUAUCUUCAACAUAAGUUACAUCAGAGGCCUCUUUCCUGAGAAGUAUUUCAACGACAAAUCCGUUCCUGCUUUAGAUAUGAAGAUCAAGAAGCUAAUGCCUAUGGACGGUGAAUCACGCCGAUUGAUUGACUGGAUGGAGAAAGGUGUCUACGAUGCGCUACAGAGGAAGUACUUGAAGACGCUCAUGUUCUGCAUAUGUGAAACAGUGGAUGGUCCAAUGAUUGAAGAGUAUGCUUUUUCUUUCAGCUAUUCAGAUUCUGAGAGCCAGGAUGUCAUGAUGAACAUCAAUCGUACUGGAAACAAGAAACAUGGAGGAACUUUUAACUCCACUGUUGACAUUACGCCAAAUCAAAUGAGGAGUUCAGCUUGCAAAAUGGUUCGCACACUAGUUCAGUUGAUGAGAACUCUCGACAAAAUGCCAGACGAGCGCACCAUAGUGAUGAAGCUUCUGUACUACGAUGAUGUGACGCCACCAGAUUACGAGCCACCUUUCUUCAGAGGAUGUACAGAAGAAGAAGCUCAGUAUGUAUGGACAAAGAACCCUCUGAGGAUGGAAGUUGGGAAUGUUAACAGCAAGCAUCUCGUGUUAACCUUAAAGGUCAAGAGCGUGCUUGAUCCUUGUGAGGAUGAAAAUGAUGACAUGCAAGAUGAUGGGAAGAGCAUAGGACCUGAUUCUGUACACGAUGACCAGCCUUCUGAUUCAGAUAGCGAGAUCAGUCAAACACAAGAAAACCAAUUCAUUGUGGCGCCAGCAGGGAAACAAGAUGCUGAUGGGGUAGAGCUCGAUGAAGAUAACUCACAGGAUACGCCUCCUGGGAGUGAAUUCACCUUAGUGAAAGAUGACGCUGAUGGUCCAACUGCUCCAAAGGAUGGGAAACCUAUAGCUCCUGAAGACUACAUGUACAUGAAAGCUCUGUACCAUUCUCUUCCGAUGCAAUAUGUGACCAUUACAAAGCUUCACAACAUGCUGGAUGGUGAAGCUAACCAGACAACAGUUCGUAAGUUAAUGGACAGGAUGGCGCAAGAGGGCUACGUGGAAGCUUCUAGCAACCGCAGGCUAGGGAAGCGUGUGGUUCACUCUAGUUUAACCGAGAGAAAGCUAAAUGAAGUCAGAAAAGCUCUUGCCACAGACGAUAUGGAUGUGGAUGUUAACGAACCUAUAAACAAGACCAACGGCUUAGAGGCAAAAGUAACCGCAGAUGUAUCUACAUGUGGAGGCAUCCAUUCCAUAGGAUCAGACUUCACACGUACGAAAGGAAGAUCUGGGAUGCAGCAUAACAGCUCUGUUCUAAGUGAACAGACCAUCUCCAAAGCUAAUAACACUCCAACUAGCAUUAAGGCACAGGUUAAAAUUCCACUUAACCACUGA